UUCUCUGUACCGAGUUAUCAACUUAAACUCCACUUCAAUGAGUAGUUGAAGUAUGAUUCCAUCCUUUUUCAUGAACCCGGUGCUUUCGAAAUCCGGCCCCUCUCGAGCACUCAUUAACAUUUAUGAUUUCAUGAUCGCAAUCUCACAUUCAAACCUUCUCCAAUCACUGCCCACAAAUUACAUCCUCAUCGCCGCUUGUCGAUCACGAUGGCACUCAAGUUGACUGUUAAGGAAUCCGGGGUUUUUGCCUUCCGAGCUUUUAGGACUUCAAGCAAGGCAAGCACAACGGCCGAUAUCUCUUUGAGAGGCUCUGAACAGAACAGAGUCCCCGAAAAGUAUAAAAGGUGCACUGUAGACCGGAGUCGCCCUACAUCCAAACUCGUACUCACAACUUGACAACUGUAACACCUUCACCUUACCACAAAAAUGAGCAACAUCAUCGACGACGACGACUCUAAAUUCAGAGGCGCCGGCAUGGUCUACAUCCGUAACGACUUCAAGCUAUGGUUUCCAAGCUAAGCGUCAAUUAUGGUAACGACGGUUGGUUCUCCAUCCCCGCGUCCUUCGAUGACCCCGAAGCCAUGUGGGACCGUUCGAAGAACAACUAUGAGUUGAUCGCCUUCAAGGACGAAGAGAACAACCGCGUCGGGUACUACAUGGAUCUUGAGGGGUUCACGACCUACGUGACAGUCCGCCAAGUCUUCGACCAGAUCGACAUCAAGCAGGUCCCGCCCUCAAAUUGAUUGUUCAUGUGCGCCUCCCAGACAACUCUGAAUUCAGACGGUAUCGGAUUAUUCAGUGGAUACGGACACCCCCACUUUUUGCCUCGACUGUUAUCAACUUUGCCCUUCCUGCCGGACAUGAGGAUAUGACUCGGAUUUGACUGCAGCUCUGGAGUUGAACGUUGAAGACUCCGGAGUUCAUGUAGCGAACGCGGGAGAAUCUAUCAUGGCGUAGUACCAAGAAUUUUAACCUGUAGUUCAAAAUUUGAGACAUCUGUAGAGAAGGACAAUUCAUUCAAUCUUUGCUGAAAUUUGGUCAGUUGAAUGUUUGAAUUUAAUUCAACAUUUAACUUGAAUCCCAUUGGGACUCACAACAUUCCGUCAAGCACAC